AGCGUUUUAAGGUGUUACAGGAGAAGGGAGGGAACAUCUGCCGGGAAGAGGACGGAAGACUUGGAAUGGCUGCUAAUGUUAAGAUUGAGCAUCAGCAAAUCAAAGGAGUCAGUGGAGCAUUUCUAACAUGCUCCAUCCAAAUGUCCUGUAUGCUGCCAUUAUAAAUAGCUAACUCAUGGGCAGAAGAGCACAUAAAGAAGAUGUAUCCCUUCUGCAUGCACCUUAUCUUUUUUAAAAUGUAAUUUAUUGAACUAAAAUAUAAAUAUAUAUUAUGAUGUAUGAGCUAUAUAUGUGCUCAUAGUAUUUAUGUUCAAGACCCAAUCUGAUUUUUAAAAUGGCAUUUGGUUAUCUUUAUCAUACACUUCAAGGAAAUAGAAACCAGUAAAGGAAAAAAGGCAUCAAUACAUACAUUUGAAAAUCUCAGACUGCUACACCUGAAAAGAGUAUUUUACUUUUUGUUGGAUUAUUAUGUCGGAAGACAGCCCAUUGGAGGAAGACAUUUGGGAGUACAAAUCUAUAAGGAAGUUGAAAUCAGUAAACCACUACUCAGAAUCCAUUUCAGAAAAUGUACAGAAAACGAAUGAUGAAAAGGGGAAGUCACAAAGUGGCAAUAGGAAAUCACCCAAAGAAAAAGAGACCCCUAAGGCAAAGCAGGGAUCCAGACGUAGAGGUAGCCAAACACCCUUAAAAUCCGAGCAGUGCUACAGUGUUUCCAGUGAUGACCCUGUGGUGUCCUCACAAGAAAGCUUAUUGCCAUCUUCUGCAAAACAAAAGAAAAACAAGAAGAUGCAAAGCCCUUCAAAACCACGGCCGGUUUAUGAAGGAUACUGCCCAAGUUGCCAGAUGCCAUUCUCUUUAUUAUUAAUUGAGACACCUCAGUGGCAUGUUACUGAAUGUUUGGAAAGCUCAAAGACUGCUGAACAAGAGUGCCUUGAUGGUCUUCUCUGUACUUCUAUCAUUCCUUCUCAUUACAAACGAUACAGUCAUUUCCUUCUGGCAACAAGCAGAGCAGGGGAAAAUCUCCCUGAAUUUUCCCCAGCUAACACAGAUAACAAUUUCUUCAAACAUGGUGCUAGUCCAUCAAUCAGUUGUAGUGCUUACAAUUUUGGAGUGUCACAGGAUCCGAAUGAUUCACAGAACAUGGGAAAACUUCCGAAAGAGUGUCUUCUGUUUCCAAAACAGAGUUCAACAGUUGCAAGUGCUUUAGAUGUAACCAGUAAAGAAGCUUACUAUUUAGAAAAUACUGAAGAAACUGAACUCAGAAUACAUUCUGUGAAUGGUGCAGGGCAAUUAUGGUGUCAUAGCCCUCUUCGGAAUCUAAAGAGUCAGCAAGACUCUUAUCAACUGAAUACACUUGUAUCAGAAAAUGACUUAAGUGACUCUUACAUUUCUUAUUCUCCACUUAACACAGAUGGGGAAGAGACUAUAGUAAGGGAAGAAGAGGAAGAUGUGGUAGUAAAAGAGAAGGAGUUGGUAGCAGGGAAAACAAACCAGUUGAAGAAAAAGCUAUUUGAUAUUAGAAACACAGAGGACAAGAGUAGAGAAGUUCUAAGUUUCUUAUCUCAUAAGCCACUUGGUGCCUCAAAACCAAAUCAGUUUGAGCCUGGGAAUGUUAAAAAAAUGCAAGCUUGCACAAUAAACAAUGAAUCAUGUAAGACACUACAUACAAUUGAAAGUGCAGAUGGAAUUUCUAAUUCUGUCUCCCAAGAUACUGAGGCUAGAAUUCUCAAUUUAACAAACAUUUUUGAUCCAUUGAAAGAGUCCACAGAAAAACACUCUUUCCCUGUUAAAUAUAAAAGACCCGAGGAGACAUUUGAGAGGCUUAAAUUGAGCUCUUCUAGCCUUAAUAUAGGUGAAUGUGGGUGGGGCAGCAGUAAUGAUUGUAAUUUGGACUCUGCAGAUUCAGCUGCUAUAUUCGCCUUGAUAACUUCAGAAUUGAAAGAAGGUGUUAAACCUUUUUUACCCUGCCAACGUGAUAUUCUAAAGAAGUCAAGUAGUUGCUUAAACAGUGAAGAUAAAACUGUUACUGGCACAUGUAAAAAUAGUUUGGCUUUUAACAGUUUCUGCUCAUUAACAGAAAAAGAAGGAGGGUUUUCUAAUAACACUACUAUGCCGAUUACUCACAGUCCAGAUUCUGAAAUGCUACCUUGUGUUUCUGGUGCAAACCCUCAAGUCCAAAGCACUUCUGCCAAGGAACUGAAACAAAUGGACAUUGGCGUUUUCUUUGGGUUACAAGCAAAAGCAAAACUGGAGGAUGACCAAAAGAAAAAUCUUCAGGGAAGUACAAAGCUGCUAGGUCCAACAGCUACAACAGGAAGGAGGCCCAGAUCUCAGAAAAGGAAAGCUAAAGGAUCUGUGGAAGACUCAGAUGUGGUCACCGAAAGUUCAAGUAAUAAUACCAUGCCUGCAUAUCCAGCAUCAGGUCCACAAAAAAGGUGGAGAAAGAGAUUUAAAGAAUCAUGUCCUGGUGAGGAAGAAACAAGGAAAAAACUGUGUCCCUUCUAUAAGAAGAUUCCAGGAACAGAUUUUGUAGUAGAUGCAUUCCAGUACGGAGAAAUUGAAGGAUGCAAAGCUUAUUUCCUCACACAUUUCCAUUCUGACCAUUAUGGUGGCCUAACUAAAAAGUUUACAUUCCCAAUAUAUUGCAAUCAGAUUACUGGAAAUCUGGUGAAGUGCAAACUACAGGUGCCAGAGCAAUACAUCCACAUUCUGCCAAUGGAUACAGAAUGCAUAAUAAAUGGCAUCAAAGUGGUGUUACUUGAUGCUAAUCAUUGUCCUGGUGCUGCAAUGAUUCUUUUUUCCCUUCCAAAUGGAACAGUUAUAUUACACACAGGAGACUUCAGAGCAGAUCCUUCUAUGGAACGCUAUACUUUUCUCACUGAUCAGAAGGUUCAUAGUCUAUAUUUGGAUACAACGUACUGUAACCCUGAAUACACUUUCCCCUCCCAGCAAGAAGUCAUCCAGUUUGCUGUCAAUACUGCCUUUGAGACAGUAACCUUAAAUCCCCGAACUUUAGUUGUUUGUGGCACGUAUUCCGUCGGAAAAGAAAAGGUCUUUUUAGCCAUUGCUGAUGUUCUAGGCUCAAAAGUGAGCAUGUCCAAAGAAAAAUACAAAACAUUGCAGUGCCUGGAAUCAGCUGCAAUUAAUUCCCUCAUCACCUUGGACUGGAAUAAUACUUUGCUUCAUCUUCUACCUAUGAUGCAAAUUAAUUUUAGGAAUUUGCAGAGUCACUUGAAUAAAUUCGGUGAAAGAUUUGAUCAGAUUCUGGCUUUUAAACCCACUGGAUGGACUUACUCAGAAGGGUGUUGCUCUCUGAAUGAUAUCCAACCUCAGACCAGAGGAAAAAUCACCAUAUAUGGGAUACCUUACAGUGAGCACAGCAGCUUCCUUGAAAUGAAACGAUUUGUCCAGUGGCUGAAGCCUCAGAAAAUUAUCCCUACUGUAAAUGUGGGCAAUUGGAAAUUAAGAAAUGAAAUGGAGAAACAUUUUAGAAACUGGAAAAUGGAGGCUGCAGGGUGGAACUAGAUAUGACAUUGAGGCUAUGGCAGCUGUAUGCUAUUUCAUUUCAAUUUUUCUGUCUUGUUCUUUAAUUCCAACCCGUUAACUUUGUAUUGGAACAGUGGUAAAAUACAGGUAUUUCCCUGUUCCUUCAUCAAAAAGACAUGACUUUUUAUGAAGCACCUUCAUGAGACUAUUGAGAUCCAAGCUCCUGAUGGCAUUGAUCACUUGAUUGGUAGUGGCAUGGGUAGAAGAGAUCAAGAUGUCUGUAUGGAUCUUUAGGGACCAAAAAGUAUCACAGGAACUUAACGUGGGAUUUCAUGUGAAAUAUUUUUGUUCCUCCCUCCCCCAUACAAAAUGAGUGUCUAGUUCAAAAGUUGAUUUCUAAAGCAGGGACAUUGUUUUUGCCAAAUAGUAAGCUAGCAAAUUGUCUAAAGUGUAAGGGAUUGAUUUUAGCUGGAAAUUCCUAAAAUCGGGACCAAGCAUUCUUUGUUCAUCAGUUUUAUUUAACAAAUAUGGAGAAAUAAUACAUCAUUUCUCCCUCCUUGCCCUGCCAAUAUUCUAUAAUGCAGGCCUAAUUGCACAGGCCUCAGUUGUCUUGCAAGAUGGUAGCCUAAAUCUGUUCAGUAGCUAUGUCAUUUUCAGCAAAAAGCUUCUUAUUUUCAAAAUUCACAUUAUACUUGUGACUGCAUUAUGUACAGUGCUAUAGAAUCAGAUGAUUAAGUUAUAACUAUAUGCAUUAAUGGAAAUCUUUUGUAAUC